AUGGAGGUAGAGAACUUUCUCGACAACGUCGCCAAGGAGCUCGAGGACGAGCAGAAGCGCAAGGCCAAGUCGGAUACUGGCGACCACAACGACGACGAGCGCCGUACCCGCAGCGACCGCUCCGACCGCGGCGACCGCUAUUACGGUGAUCGCGAUCAUCGUGACAGCCGUCGCCAUGGCCGCGAUCGAGACCGAUCCCGAGACCGCUACACAACUCGUGAGUCAAAUGGGGAGCGGCGCCACAGCCGUGAGCGCCGGCGAAGAGAUGGAAGCCGACCACGGUCUAGCAAGAGCAAGGAUGCUGACACAGACGAAGACCGUGCUAGGUACUCUUCCCAUAGGAGCAGCUCGCGCGACCGAUACCGUGGAGGUCGCGGCCGCGACCGUGGAGACCGCGGCGGCGAUUACUACAGCGGUGGCGGUCGAGGUGGACGUUCGCGUUCUCCCCGUCGUGACCGAGGCGACCGUCGCGAGGAUCGUUAUCGUGACCGCUCUUCUGGACCGGCACGCCGCGACCGCGACACUGACGACCGUCGUGGCAGCGGCCGGCGUCGCACUCCCACCCCAGAGCCAACUGAAGACGAUCGCGAUAAGCGAACCAUUUUUGUGCAGCAGAUCUCACAGCGCGCUGAAACGCGCCACCUCAAAGCUUUCUUCGAAGCCGUCGGCCCUGUUGUCGAGGCACAGAUCGUCAAGGACAGAGUAACUGGUCGCUCUAAAGGCGUUGGAUAUGUCGAGUUCAAGAGCGAAGAGUCUGUCCCAAAGGCCCUUGAGCUAACCGGCCAGAAGUUGAAGGGCGUACCGAUCAUCGCUCAACUUACCGAGGCAGAGAAGAACCGCGCAUCACGCACGACCGGCGAGGGCGGAGCUGCGAGCGCCACCAACGGUGCCCCAUUCCACCGUCUCUACGUCGGCAACAUUCACUUCAGCGUGACCGAAGAGGAUUUGAAGGAGAUCUUCCUACCUUUUGGAGAGUUGGAGCAAGUGACCUUGCAGCGUGAUGAACAGAACCCAACUCGCUCCAAGGGUUACGGAUUCGUCCAAUUUGUUGACCCGAAUGAUGCGAAGAAGGCUCUUACAGAGAUGAAUGGCUUCGAGCUCGCUGGUCGUCAGAUCCGCGUUGGCUUGGGCAACGACAAAUUCACCCCGGAGUCAACCGCCCAUCUCCUCCGUAAUUUCCCAACCCAGGCAGCUGCUUACCAAGGCUCUGCUUUCAGUGGUGCCGGAGGCCGUGGUGCGUACGCCGGCGGCUCAGGCGGGGUCUUUGACCGGGCUCAUGGCCGUGACGAUCGCGGGAUCAGCGGUGCUUCGGCACUUGACGACACUGAUAUGGCAGGCGUCAACUUCAAGCAGGUCGACCGCAACAAGCUAAUGAUGAACCUCGCCCGCAACGAGGUCGACAUUCCGACCAAGAAGGACGACCGUCCAACGGCCAAAGCCCGUGCCCCAGUUGAGAACACGAUUGCUCCUUCGAAGUGCAUCAAGAUUCAGAACGUCUUCGACGCCGAUGAGGAAUUAUCUAAGUACGGCGCGAACUGGGCUAAGGACCUUGAAACCGAGAUCAAGGUCGAAUGUGACAAGAAGUAUGGCAAGGUGGUGCAUAUCGCUGUUGACGCCAACUCUGACGGAGAGGUUUUCGUCAAGUUUGACUCGGUCAGCGGUGGCGAGAAGGCUUUGCAGGGUCUGAACGGCAGGACCUUCAACUAUCGUGUCAUCCGUGCAUCGUAUGUUGUGGACAAGGUCUACAACUCGCUGUACGGCGCGGCUGCCAACUUCUGA